AUGAAAAGAAUACUCAAGAGAGUCUGGCAGCUGAGCAGGCGCACGGGUGAAAAAAAACUGUAUGAGAAAGUAGCUAGAGAACUGAGGGAAAUCAUAGCAGAGAAUGAGAACUACACAUUCCAACAGAAAUUGUCAUCUCUAUCUGUCAAAAAGUGUGAUGGAAACUCACAAAACAGUUCAAGACACCUCAACAAGCAGUACCACCACUGA